AUGUCUUUGACCUCUGCAUACCAGCAUAAAUUAGCAGAGAAGCUCACUAUCCUGAAUGACCGUGGUCAGGGGGUCCUCAUCCGGAUGUAUAACAUCAAGAAGACUUGUUCAGACCCCAAAUCCAAGCCCCCUUUCUUACUGGAAAAGUCCAUGGAAUCAUCUCUCAAGUACAUCAACAAGAAAUUUCCCAACAUAGAUGUCCGAAACAGCACGCAACAUUUAGGACCAGUACAGCGGGAAAAAUCUGAGAUAAUUAGAUACCUUACCAACUACUACCAGUCAUUUGUGGAUGUUAUGGAAUUUCGGGAUCAUGUGUAUGAACUUCUCAACACCAUUGAUGCCUGCCAGUGCCGUUUUGAUAUCAAUCUCAACUUCGACUUCACUCGGAGUUACCUGGACUUGAUAGUGACUUACACCUCAGUUAUUUUACUUCUGUCACGGAUUGAGGAUCGACGGGUACUCAUUGGCAUGUUCAACUGUGCCCAUGAGAUGCUGCAUGGACACAGUGACUCCAGUUUUGCCCGUCUGGCUCAGAUGGUCUUGGAGUAUGACCACCCUCUGAAGAAGCUGACAGAGGAGUUUGGGCCUCACACAAAGGCUGUGAGUGAAGCCCUCCUCUCUUUGCAUUGCCUGUUUGUCCGAAGGAACCAAGGGGCUGAGCAGUGGCGCAGUGUCCAGCUUCUGAGUCUUAUCGGCACAGCCUCAGCCAUGAUUAACCCUGCUAAUUCAGACACUAUGGCCUGUGAGUACCUGUCUGUGGAAGUGAUGGAGCGUUGGAUUGUCAUUGGGUUUCUUCUUUGUCACGGGUGCCUCAACUCCAGUGCCGACUGCCAGAAACUGUGGAAGCUGUGUCUGCAGGGCUCCCUGUACAUCACCCUCAUCCGGGAGGAUGCGCUCCAGGUGCACAAAGUCACCGAGGACCUGUUUAGCAGUUUGAAAGGGUAUGGCAAGCGAGUGGCCGACAUAAAGGAAAGCAAGGAACAUGCGAUUGCAAACAGUGGCCAGUUUCACUCUCAACGGCGCCAGUUUCUACGAAUAGCUGUGAAGGAGCUGGAGACUGUGUUAACCGAUGAACCAGGACUACUGGGUCCCAAGGCCCUUUAUGCGUUCAUGGCCCUGUCCUUCAUUCGUGAUGAAGUCACUUGGCUGGUUCGCCACACAGAAAAUGUCACCAAGACGAAGACGCCUGAGGACUACGUUGACUCGAGCAUCGCAGAACUGCUUUUCCUGUUGGAGGAGGUUAGGGCUCUGGUCCGAAGACACAUCAAGGUGAUUCAGCAGUACCACCUUCAGUACCUGGCCAGAUUUGAUGCCCUUGUGCUCAGUGACAUCAUUCAAAACCUGUCUGUGUGUCCUGAGGAGGAGUCCAUCAUAAUGUCCUCAUUCGUCAGUACUCUCUCCUCUCUGAAUCUCAAACAAGUUGAUAAUGGAGAGAAAUUUGAAUUUUCUGGAUUGAGACUAGACUGGUUCCGUCUCCAGGCAUAUACCAGUGUGGCUAAGGCUCCCCUGCACUUGCAUGAGAACCCAGACUUAGCCAAGGUGAUGAACCUCAUUGUCUUUCACUCCCGAAUGCUGGACUCAGUAGAGAGUAUGCUGGUGGAAACUUCUGAUUUAUCUACUUUCUGCUUUCAUCUCCGUACCUUCGAGAAGAUGUUUGCUGUGACCCUGGAGGAACCCACCAUGUUCCGUUAUGCCAUUGCUUUCCCCCUCAUCUGUGCUCACUUUGUCCACUGCACGCAUGAGAUGUGCCCAGAGGAGUACCCUCACCUGAAGAACCAUGGCCUUCAUCACUGCAACUCCUUCCUGGAAGAGCUGGCCAAGCAGACUAGCAACUGCAUCCUGGAGAUCUGUGCAGAACAGCGAAACCUGAGCGAGCAGCUUCUCCCGAAGCACUGUGCCACUACCAUCAGCAAGGCCAAGAACAAGAAAACCAUGAAGCAGAGGCAGACUCCCAGAAAAGGAGAGCCUGAGAGGGACAAGCCAGGAGCGGAGAGCCACCGGAAAAACCGCAGCGUUGUCACCAACAUGGACAAGCUACACCUAAACUUGACGGAGUUGGCACUGACAAUGAAUCAUGUACAGAGCUUCUCUGUGUUUGAACACACCAUCUUCCCUUCUGAGUAUCUCAGCAGCCACCUGGAGGCCAGAUUCAACAGAGCCAUUGUGUGGCUGGCUGGCUACAAUGCUACAACCCAGGAGAUUGCCAGGCCUUCUGAGCUGUUGGCAGGAGUCAAAGCGUACAUCAGUUUCAUACAGUCACUGGCCCAGUUUCUGGGUGCAGAUGUGUCCAGAGUCAUCCGCAAUGCCCUCCUGCAGCAGACACAGCCCCUGGACUCGUGUGGGGAGCAGACUAUCACCACUCUCUACACAAACUGGUACCUAGAAAGUCUGCUGAGACAGGCAAGCAGCGGGACCAUCAUCCUCUCGCCAGUCAUGCAGGCCUUCAUCAGCCUCCCCAGAGAGGGGGAGCAGAACUUCAGCGCAGAGGAGUUCUCUGACGUCUCUGAGAUGCGGGCCUUAGCUGAACUCUUGGGCCCGUACGGCAUGAAGUUCCUGAGUGAAAACCUGAUGUGGCAUGUGACUUCGCAAAUUGUGGAGCUGAAGAAGCUGGUGGUAGAAAACAUGGAUGUACUUGUUCAGAUCAGAUCCAACUUCAACAAGGCGGACUUGAUGGCUUCUUUGGUGCCCCAGCUGACAGGGGCUGAUAACGUGCUGAAGCGCAUGACCAUCAUUGGAGUUAUCCUCAGUUUUAGGGCCAUGGCCCAAGAGGGACUUCGGGAGGUUUUCUCCGCCCACUGCCCGUUUCUCAUGGGUCCCAUCGAAUGCCUGAAGGAGUUUGUCACUCCAGACACAGAUAUCAAGGUGACCUUGAGCAUCUUUGAGCUGGCAUCUGCUGCGGGGGUGGACUGUGACAUCGAUCCAGCCCUGGUGGCUGCCAUUGCCAAUCUGAAAACUGAUUUGUCAUCCCCUGAGGAAGAAUAUAAAGUGGCCUGCCUGCUCUUGAUCUUUCUGGCCGUUUCCCUCCCACUCCUUGCCAUGGAUGCUGCCUCCUUCUACAGCAUUGAGAAGGAUGGUUACAGCAACAAUAUUCACUGCUUGACCAAAGCCAUCAUCCAGGUAUCUGCUGCCCUCUUCACAGUCUACAACAAGAACAUUGAAACCCACCUCAAGGAAUUUCUCGUGGUGGCUUCUGUCAGCCUCCUGCAGCUGGGCCAAGAGACUGACAAGCUUAAAACCAGAAACCGGGAGUCCAUUUCUCUGCUCAUGCGCUUGGUGGUGGAGGAGUCCUCUUUCCUGACCCUGGACAUGCUGGAGUCCUGUUUCCCAUAUGUGUUGCUUCGAAAUGCCUAUCGGGAGGUCUCCCGGGCCUUCUACCUGAACCGAGUGUCGGCCAGUACCCACUGA